AUGGCGCACUACACACUUCCCGGUGUGAUGCACUAUCUGCAGACCGAGUUCACCAAGAAUGAAAGAGACCGGAUCACUUGGGAGCUGGAGCGUGCGGAGAUGAGGGCCCGGAUAAUUGAGCUGGAGAACGAAAACAAAGACUUGAAAUAUAAGCUAGUAUCGAUCCAAAACGGUGAGGCUGAGAGCAGAUCAAGCCAGGAGAAGGCAGAUAAGAGCAAAGAAAACAAUGCCACAGGGUUGGCUCCACUGAUAAAGUCAAAGCAGGCGGUACAGGAUAACGUUAAGGAGAUCGUGUACUUGCUGAAGAGCCCCAAUGCCAAUGAUCAGAUCGAAUCCCUCAAGAAUAAAAGCAAUACGACUUAUCAGGUAUCGAGGAUGGCUUUGAACUCCUCGAGUGACUACUCAAACGGUUUGUCAAACCAGGCAUCAACGAAGUCGCCUGGUCAAGUGAAACUCGAUAACAAGGGGAGAAAAAAUGAACUUGAUGCCGAAGAUCAGUCUGAUGAGCGUGUUAAAUUCGAAUUGGAGGAAGUCUCAGACGCAGACACCGUCUUGCCUUCUGAUGAGUCUGAUACGGAACAUUCAUCAAAGAAGAAGCCUGCCAAGGUCGCAUCGUUAUUCAAGUCUGACGUUCCGCAGGCAAAUAGAUCGGUCACAAGAUUACCAGAGUAUGUUAAAAACAUGAAAGUUUACAAAAAUAUGAUUUUGAUGAAUACAGACAAGAAUGAUAUGAUUCUCGUUGAUGUUCUCAAAGAUAAUAAAUUAUCCAACCCUAGAAGGUUUGUUUUGAACGGCCUUACUGAAGACUUACUCGACUACUUCAUUGUUGGCGAAUCUCAGAUCAUGACUAUAGAUGAAUCGGGACUGAAGUUAUGGGAGUUAGGAAAACCGGAUUGCAUAAGUCACAUAAGUAUUUUCAAAGAUGGGCACAUAAAGCAUAUAAAUUACGAAGACAUUAUCAGGGUAGAUUUCAAGAACAAGUGGUUGCUAUUUGCAACGAAGGAGAACGUUGUUAUUAUAGAAGUUGUUAUCACUAAGAGUUCAAGUCCUUCCCACUUGUCAAUAAACAAGAAACACAUUGUUGAGACAUAUAAGAGCAUUGUUGAUGUUGUACUCGGAAUGACUGAGAAGUCGUUUAUUACAAUUUGCGGCCCACCUUAUGAAUUGAACAUAUACAACUUUCAAGGUGAAAUCUUGCAGACUGUCAGUUUAGAGAAGCAUAUGGCUGGUACCAUGCUCCUAAGAGAUGAGUAUGCAAAAACUAGUUUCCAAUUGAAUAAGGAAUCGGCGAAACUGUUAAUACAGAUAAACAACAUUAUUCUGGUUUAUAGUUUUGAUCAGAAGAUCAUAGUGCUAAAAAGACUUCUGAAAAAUAUUCCUGCUUCAAUCAUGUUUAAAUCAUCUAACGAUGUUGUCAUACUAGCAUAUUCACCAAAGAGGAUAGAGUAUAGGACUUUGGCACGGUUUGAUUAUAUCCAGAAAGUGAUAAGUAACGAGGGUGAGGGUACCGCUGAGGAAGUAGAAGACUUAAGCCUAGUAAACGAAUCCUAUGGCCAUCAGAUAUCUGCAAGAGCAUGUCCCAUGGAUAUCAUUACUUUGAAUAAAAAAAUGAUGCUUUUAACUGCUGGGGAUACCGGUUUAUUGUCAUUAGACCAGUUAGUAAACUCUAAAUAA